CGCCUCCUCCCGCCGGGGAGCAGGCUCCGGGCCGAGCCGCGCACCGAGACUCGCCCCCCGCGCGCCGCCCUCCGGCUCGCGGUCCGCCGCCCCCGCCCAUGCGGACGCCCGCCCGCCGCCCGGUGCGCCCUCGCCCGAGGGCCAGCUGAGCGCGGACCGCUCGCGGCGGCGCGAGGUGGGCCCGGCCCGGCGCUGCCCUCGACAGCGGCAAGUUUGGGAGUUGCACUAGUUUGCGGGGUGGGGGAGAGGCCGGGCGGGGGGCCAUGGAGGAGGACCGGGGGUCGUCGCUGGCGGCCGAGUCGGCGCUGGAGAAGAACGUGGCGGAGCUGACCGUCAUGGACGUGUACGACAUCGCGUCGCUCGUGGGCCACGAGUUCGAGCGGGUCAUCGACCAGCACGGCUGCGAGGCCAUCGCACGCCUCAUGCCCAAGGUCGUGCGUGUCCUGGAGAUCCUGGAGGUGCUGGUCAGCCGCCACCACGUCGCGCCUGAGCUGGACGAGCUGCGCCUGGAGCUGGACCGUCUGCGCCUGGAGAGGAUGGACCGCAUCGAGAAGGAGCGCAAGCACCAGAAGGAGCUGGAGCUGGUGGAGGACGUGUGGCGGGGGGAGGCGCAGGACCUCCUCUCUCAGAUUGCCCAGCUGCAGGAGGAAAACAAGCAGCUCCUGACCAACCUCUCGCACAAAGACGCCAGCUUCUCGGAGGAGGAGUUCCAGAAGCACGAAGGCAUGUCGGAGCGCGAGCGGCAGGUGAUGAAGAAGCUGAAGGAGGUGGUGGACAAGCAGCGGGACGAGAUUCGCGCCAGGGACAGGGAGCUGGGUCUGAAGAAUGAAGACGUGGAGGCCCUGCAGCAGCAGCAGACGCGGCUGAUGAAGAUCAACCACGACCUCCGGCACCGCGUCACAGUGGUGGAGGCCCAGGGGAAGGCCCUGAUCGAACAGAAGGUGGAACUAGAGGCAGAUCUGCAAACCAAGGAACAGGAGAUGGGCAGCCUGCGGGCAGAGCUCGGGAAGCUGCGAGAGAGGCUGCAGGGUGAACUCAGCCAGAAUGGAGAGGAGGAGCCCGAGACGGAGCCGGGCGGAGAGGAGUGUGUCUCAGAGGCGGAGAAGAUGGCCAUGGAUCUCAAGGACCCCAACCGCCCCCGCUUCACCCUGCAGGAGCUGCGGGACGUGCUGCACGAGAGGAACGAACUCAAGUCCAAGGUGUUUUUGCUGCAGGAGGAGCUGGCGUACUAUAAGAGUGAAGAAAUAGAAGAGGAAAAUCGAAUACCCCAACCUCCACCGGUCGCCCACCCGAGAAUGUCCCCCCAGCCGGAGUCUGGGAUCAAGCGACUUAAAGAAGGUCCUUUAAGUGACGGGUUUAGCUUCUUCUCCCGAGAUAAGAAGCGUCUGGCCAACACACAGAGAAACGUGCACAUCCAGGAGUCCUUCGGCCAGUGGGUCAACUCCCACCGUGAUGACGGUUACACGGAGCAAGGACAGGAAGCCCUGCAGCACCUGUGACCGCAGCCCACCUCUGCCUUUGGACCUGAACUGUCCACCGCCAGCACCUGCAGUGGAACCUGGCAGGGGUCACUACCUUGCACACCUCUCGGUUCAGAUGCACCCUCAAGACUGAUCCCUCAAACAGACUGUCUCCUUUGAGGAAGCACACUGAAAAACUGAUGCCAAACUCUAAAGAAAUGUUUAUUUAUACCCAGGGCUAUCACCGUUUAUAAUAGAUGACCGAUCUCUUAGGAUAUAUAUUUAAUAAUAACCAUGAGCAGAGGCCAGACUUUUGCAUUAACUUCAGUAACACAAGCUUCUUUAAGCCAAAUACACACAUGCCACUAUAAUUGCUGUUUGACUUGCUUUGUAUGAAAUUCUGUGUGUAGGGGUUUUGUUCACCUGUUUGUCAUACUUAAGUGGGAGGCAGGGAAGUGGUAUUCAUUAGCUCAUUCAUGGAAUUGUCAGCGGUGGUAGCAUAAUACGUAGGAUGCAUCCAUUAGAUAAACCGGGCCCCCAAAGUCACCAGACGGGCUGGCCCCACUUAGAUGCAAAGCAACAGUAGCUAAGGACCACCAUCCUCCCACCCAGAAACUGGACACAACUUUGUAAGAGCUGGUGGUUCUCUUUUGCACCUUGUUACGGAUACUGCCUAGAGCAUGUGGCGAGUGCCUUGGAAUCGGCUGUGAGUUAUGCAGUGCUAACCAAACAAAGUUGCUAAGGAUGAGA